UUUCCUCUUUUAUUUGAAAUCCGGAAGUGUUUUGAAACAUUGUAGCAGCUUGACACGGCGAGAGCGCGUUUGCGGUGCGUUCGCUUCUGUUUCUGUGUCGCGCGGAUUAUGCGAGCGCGGGAAGGAGGUGCAGAGGGCCGCGUGAGCUGAGUCACCGUGAAUCAUCUAUAUGGGCCAUUUUCUCUCAAAAAAUGGUUACAGCUUGAAGAAGAAAUCACGGAAGCUGCGCAAGAAGAAGAGGCGGAGGAACUGCUUCCUUCAGGGUCCCUGCAUGCUGUGCUUCAUCGUCCACGGCACCAGCGGGAGCGUCGAGGACGAUUGGCCCUUCGAGAGCGCGGUGGCAGCGGCAUCCAAACUCGCCGAGCGCUACGUUUCGUUGAACUCGCCCGAGGAGUGCGCCAAGUUCCUCCUCUCUCCGGGAGAGCUGGCCGUUUGGGAAGGCCAGGGUCGGAGUCUGCUCUCCGCUUUGCCGGCCAAGCUGAUCGGGCCCCCGACGCUGUUCUGUGCCGUGGACUAUUCGGAAAUGGUGUGCAAGCGCAAGUGUGCUGAGCUGCAGCGGUCUACGCCCCGCAAGCAGCCUCGCUGUGCCUUCCAGGAGGCCAUGGAGAACGGAGAGGAGCGAGGAGACAGCCGGUGCCUCCUCCCUUCUAUGCCUUCGUCCUCCUCUUCUUCCUGUCCUUUGGAGGAGGACGGCUCCGGCGCGGGGCGGCAUACAGAUGCGGGCUCCGCCGCGACCUCCUCUUCCUCCUCCUGCUGCUGUCAGCUGUCCCAAAACGAGAGCUCGGAGGAGGCAAAGAGCGCUGAAAGUACAGACACGUCCCACAUUAACCAGCUGCCCUCAUCUAUACUGCUCAAGGUGUUUUCUCACCUGUCGGUGAAGGAGAGAUGUCUGGGUGCGUCUCUGGUCUGUAAGUACUGGCGCGAUCUCUGCUUAGACUUCCAGUUCUGGAAACAGAUCGAUCUCAGCGGCCUCCAGCAGGUUAAAGACGAUCUCCUGGUGAAGAUCGCGUCCCGGAGGCAGAACGUCACCGAGAUCAACAUCUCCGACUGCCGUAACGUUCAGGAUCACGGCGUUUGCUCUCUGGCUUCCAACUGUCCCGGUCUGAUCAAAUACACGGCGUACCGCUGUAAGCAGCUCAGCGACGAGUCUCUGUGCACCGUGGCCAUCCACUGCCCGCUCCUGCAGAAAGUGCACGUCGGUAACCAGGACAAACUCACUGAUCACGCUCUCAAACUGUUGGGCGAACACUGCAGAGAGCUGAAGGACGUGCAUUUCGGCCAGUGCUACAGCAUCAGUGACGAGGGUCUGGUGGCGCUGGCACAGGGAUGCAGCAAGCUACAGAGGAUCUACAUGCAGGAGAACAAACUGGUGACAGAUAAGUCGGUGCAGGCGUUUGCGGAGAACUGUCCGGAUCUGCAGUUCGUGGGCUUCAUGGGCUGCUCUGUGACGUCUCAGGGCGUCAUACACCUCACCCGGCUUCAGCACCUGAGCAGUCUGGAUCUGCGGCACAUCUCUGAGCUCAACAACGAGACUGUGAUGGAGGUGGUGAGAAAGUGCCGCAACUUGACAUCCCUCAACCUCUGCCUCAAUUGGACCAUCAACGACAGGUGUGUGGAGAUCAUCGCUAAGGAGGGUCGGAGUCUGAAGGAGCUCUAUCUGGUGUCCUGCAAGAUCACAGAUCACGCUCUGAUCUCCAUCGGUCAGUACAGCAGCACUAUUGAGACGGUGGACGCUGGCUGGUGUAAGGAGAUCACAGAUCAGGGCGCCACUCAGAUCGCCAGGAGCAGCAAGUCUCUGCGGUACCUGGGCCUGAUGCGCUGUGACAAGGUGAACGAGGAGACGGUGGAGAGACUGGUGCUGCAGUAUCCACACAUUGUGUUCAGUACAGUGAUGCAGGACUGUAAGCGAACACUGGAACGAGCCUAUCAGAUGGGCUGGAGCCCCAACACAUCCACGGCCUCCUAACACACACACACACACACACACCUGAACAUGACGUCAUCACAGAAUCAUUAUCGUUACUAUGCCGUUUAUUCCGCCUUCCAACAUUAUGCACCAUGAACAUCAAUAUAUAUUAUAUGAUUUGAACGCAAAUAUGUUCAUGCACACAUGAUUCUGGCAUGCAGCACUGCAUUUAUUUGCAUUUGCAACCUACUGAAUCGCACUAAACCCCCAAGGAGCCUAAAUUUGACUCUAAAAAUCGAUAGAAAGAAAUAAGACAUUUUGUUUUGCAUUUUGCAUGAGGAAAAAAGUUUUUUUGGACCACAUGAUUUUUGCAUUGUGUCAUUUCCCUGCAGCUCUCAUUAUCGGGAUUUGUUUGUUAUUCUCAUUAUCAUCAGACGUGAUUUUCAUUAGAUUCUCAUUAUUGAAACACACUCAUUUUACUGCAGCACAAGGGGCAUUUCUGUCAUUUUGUAUAAAAAGAAGCAUAAAAUAAAUACUGUACACAUGGGACUAUGAUGUAGAAAUACUACUAAUUAGGUAAUAAUAUUAUUACACUGCAAAAAGUUUUUUUUUUUUUUAAAUCAGUGUUUUUGACUUGUUCUACAGUACAAAUAUCAGGAGAGAUUUACUUCAAAAUCAAAAUUAAGAUAUUAAGUCAAAUGUAAAAAAAUU